AAUCGUUGGUAUUUACGUAGAAAAAAAAUGAUAACAAAGUAAUGAUUUUACUUGUAAAUUUAAUUAAUUAAUUAUUGUCAAUAAAAAAUACUAAUUACUAUCAAUAAUUAUUGUAAAAAGUGAAUUUUAAAAGGAAAAUAAAUUGUAAUUACUGUUGUAAUUAAAGCUAAUGAUUGCUUAAUAAUUAAUUGAUUGAUUAAUUAAUUAAUGAUGGACGUUGAGAGGCUGGCGAUUGUGGCUGGUGUAGGUUUCGCACUGGCAGUUGGUGCUUUUGUUUUGUGGGGUCCGACUCCAAGACCUAGAAAACGAGGAAAAGUUUCUGGUAUUUCAAAUUUAGGGUACACGUGUUUUUUGAAUUCUUUAUUGCAAGCUCUGGCCGCCUGUUCGACUUUUACAGCCUGGCUCAAGGAACAAGGAAAGAAAAAGAAGUCUAGUAGUUUUAUUAGUAAUUUAAUUUCUGUUAUUGACAGAAUCAACGGAUACUCUGAAGACUUCUACGACGAUGUUGCUCCAAUAGAAGUCAUAACAUCCCUCGGCCCUCUUUGGAAUUUCGAUCCAGGUCACCAGGAUGCCCAUGAAUUAUUUCAUGUUAUUCUCAGCGCAUUGCAAAAUGAAAUUCAAACUCCCAACAGAAAAGGUUGUCUUUCCGACGCACUUCCUGGUCCAGAAGUAGCUCCAGAUGUAAAAGGAUCAGGUGAUUCAGUGGCACUGCGUAGUGUCUCUUGCAAUGACAUCGCCCAAGUCCAAGCGCAUCCCAAUAACAUAGAUUGUCUUGACAAGAACUCAAAUCAUCCUUUGACUUUAUCAACUCGAUCAAUACCUCACUUUUCAUUGUUCAAUAAACCAGGUGUGAUACUCGCUCGCUCAUCAGAAAUAUUGAGUCGAGCACUUGGUGAUUCAAUGGAUAUACAGAGCCCAUCUAAAAACUGGAACUCUCUCUCUGUUAUUCCUCAAACAAGCAGCUGUGUUUUGUCACACGAAACUCAUCCAUUUUCUGGACUACUUACCAGUCAAUUGAAGUGUACUAAUUGCCACUGGAAAUCGGCAGUACGUUACGAUAAAUUGGAAACUAUUUCUCUGCCACUACCACCAGCCAGUGAAGCUCUCACAUGGAGACGACAUACACUUGCUGAAUUAUUUUCACGGCUUGUUACCAGUGAAGUAAUACACAAUGUCGAGUGUAAUGGAUGUACGUCACGUUGCGCAGCCAUUAAAACACUUACAUUAGGCAAAUUACCUCGAUGUUUGUGUCUUCACAUUCCUCGGACAACAUGGAGUAAUUCAGGGAUUCCUAUUAAACGAGAUGACCCAGUGAUAUUUCCGGAAAUUUUUGUACUUGAUCCUUUUACAUUUACUGAAUCCAACAAACGGAAUAGUCAGGCUACAUUACCAAUGAUGUUAAUUAAUAACAAUAAUAGCAAUCAAGGUAAGCAUCGUUACAAACUUCAAGCUGUAGUAGAACAUCGAGGACCUGUUGAUGCCGGGCAUUUCGUAUGUUAUCGACGAGGCAACCGUCCAGGCCAAUGGCUCUAUACAUCGGAUACUAUUGUUGAAAACACAUCAUUAACAGAUGUACUUUGUGCAAGUCCUUAUCUUUUAUUUUAUGAGCGCAUCGCUGGAUAAUGAUGAUGAUAAUAAAAUAUUACAUGACAUUAAGUACAUACUUAAUUUAAUGAAUAAAAAAUAAAAUAGCUGAUUAUGUUUGUCACAUGAGACUGAAUACAUUGGAUUUAAUCCUUAGAGACUGCUUUUAAAAUAUCAUGUAAUGAUUAAGAUUCAACUUUGAUAUUAAUUCCACGGCAAUUUUUAAUACCAAUCGUAUAGUAUAGAUUUAAUGUUAUUUUAUCCUGUGCCAAAAUGGUUAUAUCAUUUAGUUAUUAAGGUUUUUUUUUCUAUAUUUGUAAUUAUUAAGAUAAUUAUCUACGAGCUUAUAAAGUGUCAUACCAUGAAGUUAAAAAAUUUUAAUUAUUUAAUGUAGGAAAUUUUAUUGGUUGUUUAGUUGAAUACUUGAAUCUAUUGGUUGUCAUGAGAUUGUGAUAUAUUGAGUUUAUGUAAUAAAAUUCAUUUUAAUUUGUUAUUUAAAUAAUUUAAAAAUUUAAUAGUGUAUAAAGUUAAUUUGUAAAAUAUUUAUAGUUUAUGUUGUCAUCAUUACUAGUGUCACAAAUAAGAUAAUUAAU